UUCACUUUGGGUCUCCUUUUCAGAGCAAUGUUAUGUUAAAUUAAGUAUUUUAUUGUAAUUUUUAUAUAUUUUUGGGAACUCAAACAGAUUGAUGCAAAGUGUAUAUUCUAUAAAUUAAGUUUUCACUUUGGCAUAGCCUACUUUUCAGAGCAAUGUUGGGAGCAGUUUAUUGUAGCCCAUAUUAGAUUAAGAGUGUCAAGUGACCCUUUGACACUGGACUAACUCCACCUGACCACGAAAUAUCGCGUCUGGACGAAACAUGCGAGUCUAAAGGUCUCCACAGCAAAACUGACAAUCUGUUAUAAGCCUGCAAAACAUGGGCGGUCACUUUUCUCUCUAUAUAUACAUUUAGCUCACCUCUUGAGAUUAAUCACUCGUGCACAUAGCGCGUGUCUGAACAGCCUCCCCGUCUCGUCCAGUAAGAAUGAAAGUAGAGCUCCAGUGAUGGAGUUUAGAGAGCUGGGCGCAGACGAGAGCUCUGAAGGAGAAACGGAGGAUCUGGAUAGUGUGAAAGCUCUGACAGAGAAACUCAAACUCCAGACGCGCAGACCAUCGUACCUGGAGUGGAAAGAGCGACUACAGACGAGUCCGUGGACUGAUGCCACGAACAGCGCAAGUGUCAGUUCAGGAUCUGUGGAGAAAGACGCGAAUGUAUCCGACAUCUGGAAAGAUGGGAUGCCUUAUAAAAAUAUAUGCGGUUUUGAAACGAUAGACGACGCUUUGGAAUGGCUCAGAAACGAACUGAGAGAGAUGCAGAUGCAGGAUAACCGCCUCGCGCGUCAGUUGAUACGCCUGCGGGGGGAGAUCCACAGGCUGAAGGUGGAGCAGGUGUGUCACCGUCACAAAGAGAUGCUGGAUGAUGCCACGUAUGAGUUGGAGGAGUGUGAAGAGGAUUCUGACCUGCUGUGUGACAUCCCCAUGAAAGCCUCCUUUGCUAUGUCCACCCCUCUGAAACAUCUCGGUCUCACCAAGAUGAAUCUGAACUCCAGACGAUUCUCUCUCUGUUAAGAGGUGGGGGUGCCAAUGUCUUGGAUGUUCCUGCUCAAUUGGCUGAGCAUUGCACUAUAAGCUGAGUCAUUAUUAUAGAACAGAUAUGCCGAUUAAAAAAAGCAUGAAUGUAUUAUAAUCUGCUUUGGAUAAAAGCAUCAGCCAAAAUGAAUAAAUGUAAAUGUUCAUCAAAAUGAACUUUAAUGAAAAACUUCAGUUUUCUUCACAUCAGCUUUUUGUAAUUCGCUUGCCCUGACUACAUUAUUACAUGCUCUGGAAAUCGAGCCACCUCCACUACAGGAACAAAUACUUCUUAACACCAACUAAAAUCCAAAAUACUACAUUUAUACCUGCACUGCUUUUCUUCACUCAUCAAAGUGGAUGCCAUAAGUUUAGUGGAAAAUACGUUUAUUUACAUUAAAAAAUAUCUGAACUCAUCUGAGAAUCAAAAGGAACCUGUUUUGAUGUCAAAAGGCAUGUAAUUGGCACACAGUCCCGUCAGUGUUCCCGACUGCUAAGGGAAGGAAAGACACUAUCGAACAGCAGCCAUGCAGGAAGAGUUAGUUUGUAUCCAAGCAUUCUUUCAACUUAUCUCCCAAACCCCAAAUUAACCACGCUGGACACAUGGAGAAAUGCAACAAGUGGCUGAUCUCAACCUCUGUUCUAUUUGGCCCACUGUUGGCAGAGGUGGUGGGUCUAAAAUAGCCUGCAGUUUAAUUGUGAAGGUAGUUGGUUUGACAGAUAUAAUGUAUGUGUGUCCUAUGGUGUGACAGCAAAAUUUAGAAACCAAACUGUUAAAAACAUUAUUUUAUAUUACGCAAUAUUUAUAAUAUAAAACAGCAUAAGAGAGAUUUGUCUUCAUUAUUUGUUUUUUUCUACAUUUUUGCUGUCACGCAGAACAUAUAGGAUGGCUUAUCUGUCAACUACCCAGAUGUGUAUCAUAUCUGAGAACCUGGGGAUUGGGAAACCUGACAUAGUGAGGUCAAUAAAUGUGAUUGAGUUUAGUGAGUUUACGUCAUUAACGUAAAUUUGAGUUUUUGUGCAUACUAUGUCAAAAAGCACCAUGACUGAUUGAAAAAUACAUGAAUUUCUACUGAGCACCUUAAAAACCUUCGAGUUUUAACUUAAUGCUAAAUAUGCCUUAAGGCUAGAAUACACUUCAAGACUUUGCUCAAAUUUUGCCCACAUUUUUCAGUCUGGAGUUGUUGCAGAAAGUGUGCGCUAGUCUGCAGAUUUUAUCGCGUAUCGUGCGAUGCCCUGUUUGAUGUGUGAUGUCUAGUUUUUUUAAUCUGUUCAUAUUUUAAAAGUCGUGUAAUGUAUUCCAGCCUUUAAUGUGAUUUUGGGGUGUUUUUUAAACACUACAUUAAAACUAAAACAUGUUACAUUAGAGUGCCAUUUUAAAGGGUAUAAAAUAGCCAUUAUAUUUAACUUUAUUAACAACCUGUUAAUUUAAACCUAACACAAAGACUGAAUUUUCUCAAAGGGCUAAGAACUUUAAUAAACCACGAAACAAAACCACUAAUGCUUUAAAGUUGAAGAGAUUAAGAACACAGAGGAUGAGAGGAUGUAAAGAACACAGUUCAUUCGCUGUAAUUUAGUUACUAUAAUAAAUGAAAAAUGUUUCAACCGUAUGAACUUCAUUUAUAUUUGUAAAUAAAACUGUAUUAAUCUGUAUUCUGUAUAAUUCUGUAAAUCUGUAUUAAUCAAAAUAGCUGCAUGUAUCAAACAAUGCACAAAUUGUGACCGCUGUGACAGGACAGGCUGACAAAAGGGGUCAACGUAACUGCCAAGAAAUGAUCUCAUGCUGUAUAUAAAGUGAAUGUGGGAGAGGCUUAGAUGUUAGAGGGAAAGUAAUAAUUUCUAAACAUACAACCAUUAGGUCCUUCAUAGAACAUCUCACCUGAGGGCAGCUUUUAAGGUUUUUUUAAGAUUCCGUCUUCAAACAGACACGUGGUUAAAACUAUUUAGGUCACCAGAGAACGCACAAAAGGUGUUAAUUGUAUUCCAGGUACAGAUUCCCUUAAGGUUUAUAGUAGAUCAGCCUCUUCAACAGGAAACAAACAUGAUGGCUUUGUAAAGCUAAACUGAAACCGUCCCGAUAACCUACUUUGAACUUGUGCCAGCGACUGUCAACAAUACAAAGAGUUUUUUUCUUCUGGUGUUAGAAUUCUAUCUUAUAUUCUAUGCUAAAUGUAAAUAGGACUCACUGCUCUUUGCUCUACGUAAAAUUCAAUAAACAGAGCAUGAUACUCAAUGUUACAUUUAUUAUUAUUGAUAUGUAACUGUUGCUAUAGCUAUGUAAUGUCAAGUUAAAAUGCUCUGCAUCUAACUCUCAACUCUCUAUAUCUUUAUCUUAUGUUUAUUGUAUUGUAUUUCUUAAUUUUUUAUACCCAUAGGCCCUUAUUUAAAUCAUCUGUGUACUGUAUUCUAUUAUGUUAUGGUCUCUGUGUACUGUUGUUGCUGUUUCUGUUUCUGUGUUCUGGAUGCU